AGAAAAGUAGAUAAAACGGAAAGCGGUCCUUAGUAGAGAACAGCCCGAAGCUGAAACAUAUCGUUACAUUCCCGCCACUUUGGAAAUUAACGAACUGCACACCAACUGUACAGAAAACAUCCAAACCAUCUCCCCUUCUCCCACUCUCAACCUCACCCAUGAACUUCGCGUACCGUCCCAUCACAACGGUCACAUUCCCCUGUCUCCCACUAAACCCUAAUCCCAAAACCCAAAUUGCCCCAAAAUUCACUCACCUGCGUUCACUGAACAAAACCCAUAUACAAGUAAAGCCAAGAUUAAGCCACCAAAUUAGAGCCUCAGCAAGCGAUAGUAGUCAAACCCCGUGGUGGGUGAACGUGUUGCCAACCAAAGCUUUCGGAGCCGAGAAAUUUCUUCGGCUGAUUUCAGGUGCCACCGCAAGCCCCAUUUGCCAGUACGUGUCGGAACCCAGCACGUUUCUUCAUUCUGUGGACCCCAGAAUCAAAUUGGUUUGGCUUUUGGCUCUAGUUGUUUUACCAGCAAGGUCACAUAUAAUACUGCGUUUUGGAUUAGUAGUAUACUUGGCCGUUUUGUCAAUAUGGAUUCUUCCAAGACAUACAUGGAUGGACCAACUGGGAAGAGUGUCUUUGAUCUCUGGAAUUUUAUUCAUUACGUUGGGGCUGGGUUCAGAUGGUGUGCCACCCCUUGUUCAGUUAAGAACCCCACCUCCUGCAAUGAUUGGAUUAUCAAAUCUUCCUGCAUCUCUGGGAGGUUACUCAUAUUUAAUUAUGAAGCUAGGGCCAUUACAUUUUACAAGGAAGGGGUUGUCUGUAGCAAGCACAGCUGGUUGCUUAACCUUUACUGUUUUUCAAAGUGCAAGCCUUUGCCUGACAACCACAACCCCAGAAGAACUUGCAUUUGCCUUGCGGUGGUUUAUGCUCCCUUUGACACGUCUUGGUGUGCCAGUGGCUGAAAUAAUUCUGACCCUCAUGCUUUCAUUGAGGUUCAUCAAUCUCGUGUUUGAUGAGGUACGUAAUGUUGCAUUGGGGAUUGUAUCUCGUAGGAUAAACUGGGAACAGUUGACAAUGAUGGAAACGCUGGAUGUUUUCUUUGCCUACUUUCGUCGGAUCUUCACAAAUAUCUUUAGCCAUGCAGAGCAGAUUUCGCAGGCAAUGAUUGUCAGAGGUUUUAGAGGGGACAGCAACGCUCAUAAGAUUUACUUGUUGUCAGAUCCAUCCAUUGGAACAUCAGAUAUCGUUUCCUUGUUAAGCCUGGUUACUGUAAUAGGUGCUUCCGUUUUGUCUGACUACUUUCUAGUAUGAUAUGCAGUGCAAGUCGUCCUUGGGGAAAAAGAUUGUUGAUGAUAUGGUACCAUAUAUAUACGUAUACAUGUUCGAACCAGCUGUUAAUUUUGGUGGAACUGUAUGAUUAGGCUGUAGAUUUUUGCAAUGUACGGAGCAUAUUUCGUCAGCAGUUCCUACAGAGAAGUGUGAAAUUUGCUCAUCAAGAAUGCAGGCAUUAUUGUGCAGUAUUUCACUGCGCAAAAGAAAAAAAGAAAAAGAAGAAA